AUGUUUCGCAAUCAGUACGACACGGAUGUCACCACUUGGAGCCCCGUCGGCCGCCUGCACCAGGUGAUCCGCCCCUCUCUCCUCCUCUCGCCCCGCCGAUCCGCCUCUCUGCUGCUAUCACGUUUCACCGCUCUGCGAGACUGCCAGCCUCGAGCAGCACGCUGCUGUCCCCACACUGCUCUUUACCCACCGCGCCCUCCCUUCUCCUCCCCUCCCCUCCCCUCCCCUUCUUUUUCCUCCCCUCCCCUUCCCUCCCCUUCUUUUUCCUCCCCUCCCCUCCCUCUUCCCGCCCUCUCCCUCCCUCCCCUCCCUCUUCCCGCCCUCUCCCUCCCUCCCCGACCUCCCCCUCCCUCCCCUUCUUCAAUCUCCCUCCAGGCUGCCCGUUCCCGUCGCGUCGAGCCCCCGCAGCGACCACCCCGCGUGCUGCCCUCCCGCUGUUGUUUCCCCACCGCGCGUGCUGCCCUCCCUCUGUUGUUUCCCCACCGCGCGUGCUGCCCUCCCCCUGUUGUUUCCCCACCGCGCGUGCUGCCCUCCCGCUGUUGUUUCCCCACCACGCGUGCUGCCCUCCCGCUGUUGUUUCCCUGCCGCACCUCGCCUACCCUACCCCAUCGCUUCCUCCCUUUUGCGUCCUUCCCGGUUACCCCCGCGCGCGCGAUUGUCUCCUCCUUUCCCCUUGUCAACCUUCUCGCUUCUUCCUCCCUCUUCCCUCGCCCAACCCCCACCUCAUCCCAUUCCAACCCGUCCUCUUGCGUCUCACCCCUUUCGCACUCAGGCGGAUACGUCACAGAGGCCUUUCUCUCACUGCUCUCUCACACGCCCCUCUCCCCCCAACACCCUGCCCUCCCGCCUGUCCCCCCCCACGGCCUCGCUCCUGCGCAU